GUCGGCUCACAAGCACGCCGGCACGCUGACAGACCUGGACCAGCUCCUCUGAACUUGAUUGGAUCCUCUGACAGAAGGAGAGACGCUCAGAUAAAGACGUGCCUUCAGUCUUGGAGAGGGAGCUGUCACACACUGAUAUACAAACACACACAUUCCUAGAAACUGACACACACGCACAGAGGCAAACAGUCUCUCUCUCUCUCUCUCCUUUACUGCUCGCUCAGCUGCUCUCUCCCCCUCCCAUCCACACACUCUCUCUCUCUCUCUCACACACACACACACACACACACACACACACCACUACAGUAUAUCAGCGAGUGACGAGCGGAGAGCCAGAGGGGAGUGCAGAAAUGAAUGUGAAGAUCCUGACGCUGGUGAUUGUGCUCUUGGUGUCUCUGCUGUGUCCUGCCGGUGCUGGUCCCAUGGCCUCCACGGAGCAUGGCAGAGGGCUGGAAGAGGCAGCUACAGUGAGAAAAAUGGCCCAGCAGAACCCAGUGAGAGGCGGUCAGACCCACAGACCAGCCAAGAGAAGACGCCCACGGCCCCGUCUUUCCCACAAGGGGCCCAUGCCGUUCUAGAGCAAGGCACUGCCUUGAGCGCCCUCCCCCAGGUUCUGAUUUCUAUGCUCUUCCUUCGCCUUGGGGGGCCUUGCAAUGAAGGGCCUACGCUUGCCCAGCCUGAAGAGUGAUGUCCAUAGCACCUGCUGGUUCUCCAAGCAACUCUGUCCACCUAAAAAUCAGGACAAGCCGCUCACCCUCGGCUCCAGGAGGGAUAGGGGGGCGUUGGAAAGGGGGUGGGAGGUAUUGAGCCUGAGCUACCAGACUCUAUUUCUCUGUCUCUUUAUCUUACUCCCUCCUUACUGAUAUAUCUCUGUCUUUUUUUCAAUUUGCUUAAUAGAGGCCAAUCAUAGCAAUCUUUCUGAGUGUCUCACACUCUUUGCAUGACAUGUGGUGGAGAGGGAGCCCCGUCAAAAGAGUCUUAAAGCUUCUGUCUCAGAUCCAAAGUCCCAUCAGUCGCUGAUUUCAUCGCUGUGUAGCUACUUAAACGAGCAGAUGAGCGGGUCUGAUCGUGCAGAGGAAGUAACCUAAUUUUCGUUGUGAUACUCUGGAGCUGAAGGUUUAGUGUUGAAAGGAGUUAUAAUCAUCACUUAAUUACGAUUAUUAAUGGUGCUUUGUAUCUUUUAAUGUCAGUUUGUCCACAUGCAAAGUAAACUAAAACCAGAGCACAUGCCGUUAGGACAGCUUCGCGUUCCCUCGCUCGUUCCGGAGCCGUUUGGGUGUUUCUGAGUCCAUUAACACCUCUGGGGGGAACGGAGCAGCUUUCAGGCUCAAGGUUACCGUCCCACCUUGAAGGAGUCCUCUUACCCCGACCCUGACCCCCGACCCCCAGCCUUCUCGCCACACCGCUGCCCCCACGCAGCUGCUCUUCACGACUGUUACCCGGCGCUGGCGGCCCGCUCCGACCGACGGGCCGCCUCGCCCCUUAAGGAAGUGCCAAAUAACAACCUUCUCCACGAUGCUGCCAGGAACGGAGGAACGAAAAAGUCAGAGAGAAACGAGAAACGCAUUACCUCUUGUUUGAAGUCUCGAUACACUGACACGUUUAUGCUUUCUCUUUGUUUUGUUCAUUUUAACCUCGGCUCUUAGUUAGUCCGCCGCGAUCAGCCUACCGCUAGUGCUCUAGAUUAAUAUUCAGCAUACGCACAGAAAAAGCUAUGCCUUUCCAUCUUACUGGAACACAUUUCUAUUGUUUUCUGUGUUUUAGUUUUAUUUCCUUUUUUCUCAGGGUGCUGUGAUAGAGGCUUGUACUUCAGCAGGCUGUUUUGUGCAUUUACUCAAGACAAACAUACAAACAAGCAUAUUUUCAUAUACUGUAUCUUUACUCUCCCUGUAUGUAUACUCUAGUUUAAUCACUAUGUUAUUGGAGAGUUAUUCACCUCUUUUCUUGAUCUCCCUGCGUUACGUUGGGUGCAGUUGCCUUUCUAAUCAGCCCGUCCGCUGCACAGGUGGUCGCGGAUUUGAUCGUCAUGCUCAUUAAAUCCUGAACUUAAUCUUUCUUAGAUGUCCACAUUUAGUCAGAGCUCAUUGUUAAAGAGGCUCAGACUGGAAGCACAUCAUUUUAACUUCAGGCCCCCUGCUGAUUCAGGCUGUUAUCAUAUCACAUAUUGGGAAUUUUAUAAUCCUUGUUGUGUGUUGGACAUGCAGAACUCUAACUUAGUUAAAUGAGUUUCAUGAACAUAAUCUAAUUAAUCUACAGGUGGUGUGCACAAGUCGGCUGCACUGCCUGGUUUUCCACCGUUACUGUGAUAAAUAUCCUGCACAAUUCAGCAUGAAAAAACGAAUCUGUUAGGAG